GGGGCGUGGCCAGGGGCCGUCUGCGGUGUCCUCACGCCGAGCUGGCUGGCCAUUGGCUGUUGGGGGGCGGUCCCUGCAUCCCUCCAUCCCCACCACCCCCAGCAGACAAAGCCCCGCGCGAGGACAGGUGGAGCCGGUUUGUGCUCGGCGCUGUGCGGAGGUCAGUGCGGCCGUGGGCGGGGGUCGUCCAUUGCAGCCUGCUCCAGCAGGGAGACCCCCCUCCCCUUUCACCAUGGACACCCCUGCAGCUGCUGCCACUGGGGGUCUCCCAUCCCCUGCCAAAGCCAAGCCCCCCUCCAAAGCCAUUCCCCCAGGGGGCAAGCGACCCACAGCCCCCCCCAGCAAUGGGCCCAAGGUUCUGAGUGCUGGGGGGGGCAGGCGGGCAGAGGUCCCCCCCCGGAAACCUCCAGCUCCACUUGGGGCCAAGGCUGUGGUCAGGAAGCUGCCAGCAGAGAGACCUGAGGGGGGCAGGAAGGCACCAGGCCCCCCCACAGCCAAUGCCAAGUCAGCCCCAGCGAAGCCUGAGAGACCCGAGCCAGCCAAGUCCUCCAGAUCAACAGCUCCCAGCACCCAGAGUGCAAUCCCUGGCUCUUCCCGCCCCCUGGCCAAGACCAAGCCAGCGGCCCUCCCUGGCAGCCAGUCUGGGGCUACGCCUUCACCAAAGAUCCCCAUUGCCAUAGCAACCAAGAGAGAUACCAAAGUCCGGCUUGUGGCCCCUACCCCCAGCAAACUGGCAGCAUCUCCAGCCAAGACGCCCCGCCCCAGGCCCCCUCCAGCCCCCAGGCCUCCGCCGACCCCUACUUCCCCCAAGGAGAAGCUGAAAGCCAAGAGUCCCUCGCGGCCUGGGGGCAACAUCCUGGCAGCCUCUGCUCCGAAGAAGCCACCCGGGGCGAAGACCCCCCGGAAAGAGACUGGGAAGAAGCCAGCACCAGGGGAGGCAGGAACCCGGGGCGCCAAGACCGAGACUCCAGGGGGCAUUGGGGAGACUGGGAACACUGGUCUGGAGCAGGACAUGCCUGGCACCCAGGGCAGGGGUAGGGACUCGUCUGUGCCCCUUGGCCCAGAGCCCCCAGCGGACACCCAGACCCAACCCAGCCCUGCCCCAACCCAGACAUUGCCCCCUGUGAGAGAGGAUGGUGUGGAGGAGGACAAGACGCCAAGGGCACCAGCCCCUGCUGACCAGGAGCCAGAUGGACCUACAGAGCCUCUCUUGGCGUCUCUGGGCUCACAGACUGGAGCAGGCAGCAGUGGGGAGACUGGAAGCACUUGUUUGGAGCAGGCCAUCUCCCCCACCCUCCUUGGGGACCUGCAGCAUGAUGCCAGGAUGGAUGGUCUCCAGGAGACUCUGAGCCCCUCAGAGCACCCCACCACUGCCCCCCAGAUUCCUGUCGCUGCCCCUCUCCAGCCAGGAGCUCCAGCAGGGGGUACUGCUGGUCCUGUGGCAGCUUCCCCGAAACCACAGAUACUGCCAUUGGGCCUCCCCAGAUCUCCUGGGAAGGGCUCAUCGUCCUCGCCAUCCAGCACCCUGAGUGGGCCUGAGUUGGCAGGGCAGAGCAGCAGCGAAACCAGCACCCCUGAGGAGCUGCGAGCCUAUGACAGCAGCUCGGGCGUGGAGUCCAAGUCGGAUGAGCGGCCCCCGGCCCCCAGCCCUGGCCCUGGUGAGCCUGACCUGAGCAUCCGGCGACUGCCCGGCAGCCGUGGAGACCUACUGAAGAUGUCCCCUGAGGACUCCGAGGGGCUGGGCUCUGGUGAGGCUGGCACUGAGACCCCCUCUUCCACCCCCUCACCACCCCUGGCCCCCCCUGCCGGCGCUCCUAUACACUGGUGCUGUCCCCACAAAAUAGAGGAGGAGGAGACUGAAGUCCCUGGCUUCGGCACUGGCCCCCGGAGUCUGCCUACAGGUGGGAUUGGGCCGCACUGGGAGCCCUGCGCCCCUGACUUCCUCUCCACCAUCUACGAAGCAGAGGGGGGUGCUGAGACCCCAGGGCUGGAAGACAUGAAUGAGAAGACACCCCUUGCACUGGGCAGCCUCCAAGCAGCCAUGAUGCAGCAGCUACUGAGCCGGAGCCUGGGGCUGGGACUGGGGCCGGGCGGGGGCCAGCGGGGGGCCCCACAAGCAGAGCUGGGCCGUUGGAGUGAGCUGUUGUCGCCUCUGGACGAGUCCCAUGCCAGCAUCACCUCAGUCACCAGCUUCUCCCCUGAGGAUGCUGCCUCCCCCCAGGGUGACUGGACUGUGGUGGAGGUAGAGACCUUCCACUAAUCCCACUGCAACCACCAAGCAGACCCCAUGGCCUCCUCGCACUCUAUGGACAGUUGUGCCCUCAGCCAAUAGGGGUCUGGAUCUUGCAUAGUAGGGGCAGGACUUCCUCUCUGCUUCACUUCCUGUUGGUGAUAAUGUUGCAUUCCUGUUGGCUUAGCUAGUGGCCAACCAGGUCUCUAAUGGAUGCUGCCAGUUAAGGGGCAGGUAUUCCUGUUGGCCCCACUUCCAAUGGUUGGGCAGGCGCAUCCAGGGGGAGGGGCUGGAUUCUGCCUAUUAUAGGCUGGAAUGUCCCACUUCCUGUCGGCUGCCAUGUUGGGUUCUGUUUGGUUGGCCAGUGGCCUACUGGUGAAUCCCAUGGUGGAUGGAUUGCCACCUGGAUCCUUUUCAGUGGGACCCUAUCUUCUCCAGCAGCCUUCCUUCCUUUGCUUCUGCCCUGGGUGGGGUAGUUUGAGGGGCUUCUCUGGUGGCCCCAUGAUGGAGCUGGGUCAUCAGGUCCUGAAUGGCCACCUAGUUGCUCUCCUUCCAUGUCCUGAUCUGGAGGAAGUGAGCAGCAGUGGGGAGGGGCAAGGUGCUGCAUGGGUAGAUGGAGGCCAGAACACCUUGGAAACUGCCUCACAUGCCCAGAGCUCACGCUUGUGACUUGGGUCUGAGGCUGGGCAGGGAGUGGGGGCAGAGCUUAGUGUGUGUGUGUGUGUGUGUGUGUGUGUUCAUGUGCAUGUGAUGGGGUAGGUGUGGAGUGGGGUGUUUUCUGGGUGUUAUGCCCCACCCCCCCUUCCCCAGGCUGGAGCUGGCCACUAGGGGUCACUCUACUGAGGUUGGAGCCCACUUCAGCCACCAGCUGGUAUCCAUGGGGCACCCCCAUGUGGCUUGUCUGUGCCCUGCUCUGCCCCCUCUCAUAGACAAUGGGAGGCCUGGACCCUCCACUGCCCCCACUAUCACUUGGUAGGAGGACUUCGUGGUGGUACCUGUUCCACCCUCAGAGAAGGCAGGUGUCUUGGGGGCAUCCUCUUCCCCUGGUACCAAGGUGGCCUCUGAGCCUCAGCCAAUAGAGGGGGCAGUGACCUGCUGUCCCCUGGGCUGAGCCCACCCCAGGAGUUCUACAUCUGGCUGUCUCCCUCCACCCCCCCCACUUCUGCCCUAUAGACUCUCCCCCUGCAUUGAUGGUGGCUUGUAGAGGGUUUUUAAAGCAUUUCUUUAUCUUUUAAAUAAAGAUGACUUUGAGCA